CCCGCGCCUUUUUAGGCAGGAGCGCAGCCGAACUGGACAUCAGCAUUCCAUCUCUGUCCUUUGACCUGGCAAAUGACUCACUCAUGAUUCGUUCACGAUGACUCUUUUGUGGAGUCGCACGUUUCGGUCAAAGCUGGCAUUUUCCCCCAACAAAAGGCAGACGUCCGCCUUCUGCUGAAGAUGUUUUUAUGAACACUUUUCGUUUAUUUUCUUCAAAUCGCAAAAUCCGCUUGUACUUUUUUUAUACUUGACUUCCCACUGCCUAUUCCUCACCAUCACGUCCGCUAAGGUCGGUCCUCGCCGACAUGUGGUCGACCUUUCUGGUGACUGACGAGGAGGGCCGUGGCGUGGGACCUGCCGCCGCCGGCACUGCUGCGCCAGCUGGCGCGGCCCAAAGCAUGGGGGGCCUGGCCGGCCUCAUGAGUGGACGCAGCACGUUCGGAGGCAACAAGCGGCGCAGGACGGGACAUGUCAUGACGGAGGCCCAGGAAGGAAAGAUCAAGCUGGCCUUCUUCGUGGCCAUUGUGGGCGUAGUUUUGACGGUCCUGGGGGUGUGCACAGAGUUUUGGGUAGAGCUGGCACCUUCAAAGAGUUUCUACGACAACCAGACAUGUCCGGCGGUCCACUUGGGCCUGUGGAAGGGAUGCACCAAGACGCUGUGGGUGGCCGACAUCGACCCUGCCAGAGAGAGCUGCGGACCCGCUGAGCUGCCUGGAGAAUCCAACUGCACCUACUUCAAGUUCUUCACCACAGGGGAGAACACCGUAGUGUUCAACAAGACGACACACAAGAAUUUGAACGUGGCGGCGGCCAUGUUGUCCCUCUUCAGCUUGGUGCUGAUGGUGAUGGGCGCCAUCUGCAUCAGCAUGGCGCUAAGCAAGGAUAUCGUCUUCUUCCUCAAGCCUGCCUCCAUCUGCUUCAUCCUGUCAGGCGUCCUGGUCCUCCUGUCCCUGUUGGUCUUCCAACAGGCGGUGUGGGCGCUCCUGGAUAGCGACCACUCUGUCCCCCUCCAUCACCAGUUCUCGUGGUCCGUGUCCUGCCUGGGCUGCGCGGGGCCCAUCCUCAUCGUGGGCGGGGUGCUCUUCCUGCUCUUGGCGCUGCCUUACAGCCCCUGGCAGAGGUGCCUCCCUCACAGCGACAGCAGCAGCUAGUGGCCCGGAGGCCGUAUUGCACUUUGUGUCAGCGUGGGCUGGGGGGAGGGGCUAUGGAGGCAUUUUCGGAAAGACGUUUGGCUAAAGGUGUUUACUUUACUACAAUGUAAACAUCCAAUAUGGAGUCUUAAAGCUCAGAUGGGAUCCACAGACAAUCCUGCCUCAUUUAAACGAUUCAUUCUCUCUCAACUACAGUUGUCUCCGGCCUGCAAGCUAAUAUUGUUUGGCUUGCUAUGACAGCGUUGUCCAUUGUUUCCAACCGAGGGUCACAUUUUGAAAAAAUUCAAUAAAGCAUGCGGCGGCCAUUUUGAUAUUUGACAUUUUUAGGAAACCAACCAAGCUGCAAGCUGAUAAGUUAAAGUUAAAGUACCAAUGAUUGUCACACACACACUAGGUGUGGCGAAAUUAUUUGACCCAUCACCCUUGAUCACCCCCUGGGAGGUGAGGGGAGCAGUGGGCAGCAGCGGUGGCCUCGCCCAGAAAGUGAAAUAUAUCUAAAGAAAAAACAGCUUUGUAUUAUAAGUGAUGACCCUUUUCUCCCUGUAUUUAAAAUUUGUGCUCGUUUUCAUCCCUUUUUUGUUUGCAUAUUACAAAUAUUCAAACUUAGUUUUUUCUGAAAUUCAAUUUGAAAAUGUAUCUUAUUUCUUUAAUAUUUUGACUUAAUUUUUUCGUCUUUAUUCCUUUUUUCCAACUUUUUUUUUGUUUGUUUGUUCCUCAUAUUAUU